AAUCAGCGUCGGUCUCGGUUUGCCCGCGAGUUUUUCAAAAUCAGUCCCCUUCUACAUUCAACAGGCGGUAACAUUGCUGCUCUAUUUUCCUAUUCUGUGCCAUUACGAUCGCACCGUUCAGAUGCACGAUGGCGAGCUCGAGUGAAUUUGAUGAUCCACAACCAUCGACCAGCACACGCAAAGCGGUCUGUCCGAUCUGCGACAAGUGGUUCCCGAUCGCCAACAUCGAGCAGCAUGUAGAUGAGUGUCUGACGAUGACUCACGGAAACGAUGGCAGUCCGGGCGAACAGCAGCAACAGCAGCCAGCUUCCAAUACACCAACAUCCUCGCAAGGGCCAAAGCGUAACUUUAGCAUCUUCGAGCGCAGCCCAAAACCGGCAAAGCGCGGUCGAAAUGAAACCGCCCCGGCGGCACCUACCGUAACGUCCAGCGCCAAAGCGGAGCAACCGAUCGAAAUCACCAGCCUCGACACGGACGAUGAGGAGGAGCCGGCAGCAAGCGACAGCCAAAACAAAAAGCCCAAAAUGAUGGAUCCAGCGCCAGCCGCUCGACCGGCACCGUCGUGCCCAAAUGCGACCCCAGAAUCGAACGUACCGCUGGCCGAACGGGUCCGUCCCUCGACCAUCGAAGAGUACGUCGGGCAGGAGCAGAUCAUCGGGCAGAACACGAUACUGCGCAAACUGUUCGAGCACGAUACGAUCCCGAGCAUGAUCCUGUGGGGACCGCCCGGCUGUGGCAAAACGACACUCGCCAACAUAAUUGCCAACCGGUGCAAGCGGAACGUGGGCACGCUGCGGUUCGCCAAGCUGUCCGCCACGAUGGCGGGCGUGGCGGAGGUGAAGGAGGUGGUAAAGGUGGCGAAGAACGAGUCGAAGUUUAAUCGCCGCACGAUCCUGUUCAUGGACGAGAUCCAUCGGUUCAACAAGCAGCAGCAGGACAUCUUUCUGCCGCACGUGGAAUCCGGCACGAUCACGCUGAUCGGUGCGACGACGGAGAAUCCCUCGUUCAGCCUGAACUCGGCCCUGCUCAGCCGGUGCCGGGUGAUCGUGCUGGAGAAACAUACGGUGGACAGCAUGAUGCGCAUCAUUGAACGGGCGCUGCCCGAGUACAAAACGGUCAUGGUGCCGGCAAGCCUGAACAACAACGUGCCGGACCUGAGCAAGACGUCGUACGUACCAAGGAUGCUUGUACACGAGGAAACUAUCCGAUGGCUGGCGGAAACCUGCGACGGUGACGCACGGAUCGGGCUGAACAGUCUGCAGCUUGCCUUAUCGAGUGCUGCCGCGCCGCCGCCCGCAACCAACGGCCGCUCGUUCACCGAUUCGCUCAUCACCGUCACGCUGGAGGAUGUGCGCGAGGGUCUGAAGAAAUCGCACCUGCUGUACGAUCGGAAGGGCGACCAGCACUACGACAUCAUAUCCGCGCUGCACAAAUCGAUCCGCGCCUCGGACGACAACGCCGCCCUGUACUGGGCGACGCGCAUGGUUGCGUCCGGCGAGGAUCCACGCUACAUCUGCCGGCGUAUGGUGCGGAUGGCGAGCGAAGAUAUUGGGCUGGCGGACGCGAACGCACUGCAGGUAGCGACCGCAACGCUGAACGCCGUCCAGUCCGUCGGGCUGCCGGAAGCGGACUGCAUCAUCGCGCAGUGUGCGGUGUAUCUGGCCCGCGCCCCGAAAAGCCGCGAGGUGUACGAAGCGUACAAGCGGUGCCGGGCAGCGAUCGACGGGUGGAAGGGCCCGAUGCCGGGCGUGCCGCUGCAUUUGCGCAACGCGCCGACCAAGCUGAUGAAAGACCUCCGGUACGGCGCCGGGUACAAUCUGCUGCACAAGGACGAGUCGGGCCUAACGUACAUGCCGGAGGGGCUGGAAGAUGAGAACUAUUUUUCGGAAUAGUUCACGCCGUUGGAAAAGGGGCGUGUUAGACACCCCCACACGCUUGUUGUUCUUCUUCUGCCGGUAUCUCAUUUUCGCUGUAAAGUAUUAUUUCCUCCUUGUGAAGGGGGGACACGACCGAUACCCGUAUCAACCAACUGCGUAUUGGCGCUCCAUUUACAAAAUACAAAAAAGUAAAACACGUUUUCAUU